AUGGUCCGCUUGAAGCUUUCGAUCAAAGCCGAACUCGAGAAUGUCACCAAUCUCAUCCCUGCCUCUGAUGAUUUCGAGUAUUUCUUCCAAGUCAAAUGCACGAGCUGCAACGAAGUCCACCCCAAGCUCGUUUCUUUGAACCGAAAAGAUGAGUAUGAAGUAUCUGGAGGGAAGAAUGCAAAGGCCAACUUUGUGUGGAGAUGUGGAUUGUGCAAACGAGAAAGCUCUGCCAAAUUCGACACUUCCGUCCCCGUCAAGGCCUACACGUCCGCCAAUGAGCAACUGCAGCCUCUGCUGGUAGUUGAGUGCAGAGGGUUGGAAUUUACCGGAUUUGAUCCAAAGGGAAUCUGGAAGUGCGAAGGCGCGGAGAGCGGGACUGUCUUCGACGAGGUCGAUCUUUCGGAGGGAGAGUGGAAUGAUUACGACGACAAGUCUGCCCUUCCAGUCGGAGUAUCCAAAAUCGAAUGCGAAUGGUCAAGGGCUUGA